UUUGACAUCAUUCAUCUCCAUCAUGCCGAGCAUCCACCCGACGUUUGCCGACGCGAAGAAACUCCAUGCGUUGCAUGCCACGGACAAAGACUUGUUGCCGAUCUACUUGGACUUGACGGCAGACUUGGACACUCCUGUGAGCGUCUACUUGAAGCUGCGCCAGCAGCAAACAGGGGACGUGAAGCAGUCGUUCCUUCUCGAGUCCAUCUUCCCAGGCGAGAACAUUGCGCGGUACUCGUUGAUCGGCACCGACCCGUUGAAAACGCUACUCUCUGGCCCCAAUUGCGCGUACAAGGGCGACCCGCUUGUCCAGUUGGAGCAGGAAAUGAAGACGUUUCGCGUGGUCCACUUGCCUGAACUCGACGUGCCCAUGACGGGAGGCGCCGUGGGGUACUGCAGCUUCGACGCCGUGCGCCACUUUGAGCCGACAGUCGGUCCGUUCGUGGACAAGCAGACCGACAUCUUCGGGAUUCCCGAAAGCAUGUACAUGCUGUUCAACACGAUCGUCGUGUUCGACCACGUGUUCCACUCGCUCAAGGUGGUGACCCAUGUCAACAUCCACGGCGACUUUGACGCCGAGUACCAAGCCGCGAGUGACCGCAUCCUCGCCAUCCAGGGCGUCUUGGACGCGCCGCUCGCUCGUUCCAGCAGCAGCGCGCACGUCAACGACAAGACGGCGCUCACGGAAGUGGAUUACGAAGCCAUUUCGAACGUCGGGCGCGACAAGUACAUGAACUUUGUCACAACGUUGAAGACCCACAUUGUCGACGGUGAUAUCUUCCAAGCCGUGCCAUCUCACCGCCUCAACAUCCCGUUGCCGGCCACCGUGACCAGCUUCGACUUGUAUCGCCAAAUGCGCGUAAUCAACCCGUCGCCGUACAUGUUUUACUUGGAUUUUGCCGACGGAUUGGAAGUGGUGGGAGCGUCGCCUGAAAUGCUUGUGAAAGUCAACCACGAGCGUAUCGUGGAGACUCAUCCGAUCGCUGGCACUCGACGCCGCGGACACACGGCUGCCGACGAUGCGGCGUUAGCCGACGAACUCCUCGCUGACGAAAAGGAACGGGCAGAACACAUCAUGCUAGUGGACUUGGGCCGCAACGACGUCGGCCGAGUGGCGGUGCCCGGGUCUGUCAAGGUCGAAGCACUCAUGAAGAUUGAAAAGUACUCGCACGUGAUGCACAUUGUGUCGGUCGUGAAAGGCGAGUUGCGCCAAGACAAGUCCAUCUACGACGCAUACCGCGCCCUCUUCCCCGCGGGGACCCUCACGGGCGCGCCCAAAGUUAAGGCCAUGCAGCUGAUCUGCGGGUUGGAACAGGAGCGGCGCGGCAUUUACGGCGGGUCCGUCGGGUACAUCGGCUUCAACGGGGUGCUCGACACGGCCAUCGCCAUCCGCACGAUCGUCGUGCACAACCGCCGCGUGUACUGCCAGGCGGGCGCCGGCAUCGUGUACGACUCGGACCCCGCCGCCGAGUACCAUGAAACUAUCAUCAAGCUCGGGUCGGCCGUUCGGACGGUGGAAAAGUGUGUGCACCACAAGGAAUCCAACGCGUAAGCUACGCGACAACGUGAAGAAGUUGACAGGAACCUACACAAUAUACUGUAAUGGGCAUACUAGAGUUGUGUAUAUUGUACACGUCUGUCAUGUAAGGAGCG